CUGCCCAUCUGCCCGUCUGCCCGUCUGUCAGUCUGUCUGUCAGUCUGUCUGUAUGCAUGUCUACCUGUCGGCCUCACUCCUGUCUGUUUGCUGGUUUGCCUUGAUUUCUAACGUCUUCUUCAAAUUGCUAAUUAACAAACGCAUCUUGCAUCUAAAUUAAUGCACAUGUUGUCAAGUUUAAACCCUGUCAUUUAUCUAAGAAAAAUACCAAACCAACGCAACGAGUGAAUUCGAUGAUCAGCACUUCGGACUUUAGAUUGGGAGGUCGCUAAUACAGCGUGACAAGAGCUCGUUCGUAGCCGGAGACGAAAACACUUUACUCAUAACGUUGAUACUCUAAACUAAAAGCAGGGGUUCAAAUUUUGGUGGCGAAUUGUCGGCGAAACCUACCAAAAUGCAACAAAAUGUAGCAAUCCAACCAAGAGGAAGCAAUAAACAAUACUCGGUCCAUGAUACGAAAGCUAUGAUCAAGAGCCAACGCUGAUGAGCCAGGCUUCUCAGAUACCAAGUAACAUAUUAAAUACGAAAGACUGAGCGUUACUGCAUUUUCAAACAACAAGAAGAGAGCUGAAAAUAUGACAAGUAGUGAAGUAUUUCUGACGAACUUAGAGGUAUUUGGAAAUGUGUGCAAAUGACAUAUCUAAUCAAUCAAACUGAAACUAAGGGGAAAACGGAGAAAUAAAAUCGUCUAUUAUAAAUUCUAUGGUAAUGUAAGAUCGGAUAUCCAAACACCGUUACGGUCAUAAUUUGUUUUGUUUCGACUUAAUGCUUUAUUAAUAAGUACCUCCAUUGUCAGGUCCUUAAAUUAAGUUACUCAGCAUGGGUAACUCGACAUCAACCUCACUGCACCCACUUAUUUCUCAGAAUUCCUAUCAAUCUGAGCUUUUCUCUCCUAGGGAUUCCUCUUCUGAUUUUCUGCUUCCUCCCACUAACAGUGCUGAUGAUCGACUUAGUUUGAAAGCCACCUCCGGCUUCACAACCUACGUCAAGGUACGACAUGAUGGCAACCAGACUUGGCGGGCUCAUAUCAUCUACAGGAGCAUGUGCAACAUCAACGUCAAGUAUUUCCCGUUCGACGAUCAAACCUGUAAGAUGGUUUUCGCGUCCUGGUCUUAUGACGUCAGCGUGAUUGACUUACGAGAGAGGCGUGGUCAUACAGACGGCAAAGCUGUUGCUAAGAAAGAGAGAGGAUCGGACGUGUUCCAGGAAAACGAGGAAUGGACUGUGGAGUGGAUAGACAUCGAGAGGAAUGAGAAAGAAAAUGAUUGCUGUGAUUUACCAGUGGCGGACUUGACCAUUACCAUGCUUCUGCGCAGACGUACAUACUAUUACGUCAUGAGCCUGAUCUUGCCUUGUACUCUCAUAGCUUGUACCAUCUUCCUGGAGUUUAUUCUCCCAGCAGAGUCUGGUGAACGAGUCGGCCUGGGUAUCACUAUUCUUCUAUCAAUGGCCGUGUUUCAAGAGUUGACGUCAGAGAAGCUACCUUCAAGCUCUGAGCACUUUCCUCUUUUAGCUAUGUACUAUUCAGUGUCAAUCAUGGAAAUAGGUACCGCCCUCGGGGCCACGUGCAUCAUACUAAACUUUCAUCAUCGCAAUACAAAGAUGCCGGGCUGGUUUCACAAGAUUGUGUUAGAAUGGCUGGCUAAGCUUGUGCGAUACGAACCUCGCGUGACCAACCGACACUUGUCAGAUUCAGGAUCUGUGGACGAAAGCACGCAAAAGAUGAUUCAAUCGAACGCUGCCUCGGAAAGGAAACGGAACGACGCGUUUGAUCUGGAAAGAGACUCGAUCGAAUUUGAAAUGGACCUUUUUGAGGAACCUCGUGGGGGACGUGACCAGGUGCUCUUAGCCCAGAAUGGAAACAUUCCCACAAACCACGUUACCAGGAAGCGCUCGGUCAAAAGAAAACCGCAGGACACUGAAACCGAGACAACUGAGGUACAAGUAUCCGAGGCCAGGUUUCCGGUUUACGAUGGCAGCAAAGAAGAGUUUUACAAGAAACAGUGGCAAGAUGCAGCCAGGAUCCUGGAUCGGUUUCUGCUUUUGGCGUCGGUCGUGAUAGGCUCCGUCUCAGCGAUGGCCAUUUUUCUGCAAUCUCCUCGCAUCAGGGGACUUUUUAUUCCGUAACACAGGGCCCGCUGUGAUUUAUGGGAAGACGCCGGAGAUGGCUAGAAACGGCAAGAUGUUGCUUUGUUUUGAAACUUGCCCUUAUUGAACAAAAGUGGUCUUAGUCAACAGAAAACAACAAUGCGCCUUGACCAUCUGCGAUGCAGACGUUUUAGAGACUUGGGUGUGAAUUUGUGUGUUACUUGCAAAAAGUGUGAACGCUUUUAAAAGAGCGGCAACGUUUGUCAGCUUUCGUCGCUUCACACAAACAUUUUGAGAGAAAAAAGACUAAGGGAAAAUCGCUACACGAAACAGGGGUUUCAAAUUGACGUCUGCGAUAACGGUCUCUCGAUAAAAUAAACCACGCAAAGCCAUUUUGGGGGAAAACACUUCAGCUGUAGCGAAAAGAACAUUGCUGAUUCAGCAGCAGGCGAUAGUGUACAGAGAAGUCUCUUUACGCGAACGGAUAACUUGUGAAAACGUUCACUCCGCCAUUUAUGGUCUAUCCCUUUUUCCUCUUUAGCACAGAUUCAAACGACGUCCUUAUUAGUGCACUAGAAUUGAAGCUUGAACAAUAACAACAAAACAAACAUUUAGGUCCCCAGAGGUCGAACAUUUUUAUCCCACCCCUUCCCCAUUCCCCUUCCACCAACGGCGCUUAUUGUGGAAAUCAAAAAAGGACCGAGACUUCACUUCGUCAAUCCCUUUUUCAUCGAGCAAUAAAACAACACCUUUUCGCCCCUCCACCCCUCGUAAUCUGCAACGGUCCGUUAUUACAUGUAAGGAUAAAAACAUUGUUUGGUAGUGGGGGAAAAUGAGCAUAGUCUCUUGUUGGUAGUCAGAGGUACGAGCUGAUUUUAAAUUGGAUCUUAAUUUUUGGGCUGGAAGAUGUACAGAAAUUUUGUUCUCGUUGCUGUGAAUGGGAUCAGAUGUACCUUAGCGGUCGAAGCUGCGAGUCUAUCUAGCACAGCCUUACAUACAAAGAAUCCGCGCAAAAAACGGAGCGAAUUCUCCAAUGAUUAGCUUGUUAUCAUGAGAAAAUGUGAAACUGAUAACUCAUGUAAGAGUAGCUUUUUAUGAUGCAGUGCUUUUACGCUGCCUUCCGCAGUGUAUCAUUUGCCAUACGAUAAAUGUACAUAGUCGCCUAAACAUUUCGUAGAGUUGUAUUAGUCAUAUCAGGAACUGCUAUGAGUAGAUUUCUAGUUUUCCACAAGACUUUGAUUUUUCGAGAAAGUAAUGUUAUAAAAACAGAUUCUAACCAGACAAAGGAGUUUUAUCUAGAACUCAAUUAUUUUUGAAAGUCGAUGCAUAUAUGGUAGAUGUGCAUCUUAUUUGAAUAUUUCAAUAUUCUUACAUUUUAAAAGAGCUCAGUCACGGUUUACGCAUA